CUUUGAAAUGCCUUGACACCUGCUAUGUUGUCAGAUAUUUCUUCCUGUUACUUUAUCUUCGUCCUUAAAUAGAUUUAUCCUUGAGGAUAAUCUCCCUUGAUCGUGUCAUUAUUUUAGCGCGCUAGCGGCACUGAAUAAGAUUUAAAAUGUCGAUCAGUUUUAAAAAGAAGAUUCUGAUAGCUGUGGACGGCAGUAAAUACAGCGAUUACGCAUUUGAAUGGUAUCUGGAGAAUAUCAAGAAGUCUGAUGAUUAUGUGAUAAUGCUGCAUAGUGUGGAACCACAUUCUUUACCAAAUACACCUACCGGAGCAGGUGGAGCUGACGUGCAAACAAGUAUUACACAAGAGCAAAUGGCUCAUGAAAAAGAGUUUAAGAAAAUAUGUUCGACUAAAAUGAAAGAUGCACAUCUUCAUGGACUGGUGAAGCAGACAACCGGGGCGCCCAGAACAGAAAUUAUCCGUGUGGCAGAGGAAGAAAAUGUGGAUCUGAUAAUCACAGGAACACGUGGUUUAGGCACCGUGAGACGCACGAUGCUCGGUAGCGUUAGCGACCACGUGCUACAUCAUGCUCACGUUCCUGUUCUCGUCUGCAGAAAUAAAAAUGAACGUCGCACCAGCAGUAGUAGUAAUCACUAAGGAGAGAUAGUUAAUAUGGGAAAUAUAGACGACAAAGUGAACCUUAUGUGAAAGUUUGAAAGUUGUAAUAUAAAUAUGCACUGUAUUGAUAACAGUAUUUUGGACGUUUGGAAUACUUGCUUUUGUCGAUGUUGUUACUUAUUAACUCACCUGUCAUGUAGUGACAAGGUGAGCUUUUGUGAUCGCCCUUCGUCCGUCCGUCCGUCCACUUUUUGCAAUCAAUUUUUUCAAACUUGCACAUAACAUGUAUUGACACAAUAUCCCGGUCCUUUCGAAAACUAGCCAGAUCCUAUCUUGGAUUCCAGAGUUAUGGCCCCUUAAGGGCCAAAUUUGCUAUUUUGGAUUUUGCAGCCAUAUAGAGACAUCAUUUAUGGUUUGAUUUGUUACAAACUUGCAAAAUAUCUUUAACAACAAUAGAUCUUGAAUUCCAUGAUAAAUUCGUCAGAUCCUGAGUUACGACCCCUGAUUGACCCCUGAAAAAGCUAGAAUUAGUUAUUUUUGUAUUGACACAAUAUUCCGGUCCUUUCGAAAACUAGCCAGAUCCCAUCUUGGAUUCCAGAGUUAUGGCCCCUUAAGGGCCAAAUUUGCUAUUUUGGAUUUUGCAGCCAUAUAGAGACAUCAUUUAUGGUUUGAUUUGUUACAAACUUGCAAAAUAUCUUUAACAACAAUAGAUCUUGAAUUCCAUGAUAAAUUCGUCAGAUCCUGAGUUACGACCCCUGAUUGACCCCUGAAAAAGCUAGAAUUAGUUAUUUUUAUGCCCCCCUUCGAAGAAGGAGGGGUAUAUUGUUUUGCAGAUGUCUGUCGGUUGGUCUGUCUGUCGCCCCUUCGAAGAAGGAGGGGUAUACUGUUUUGCAGAUGUCGUUAGUUCGGUCUGUCGGUCGGUCUGUCGGUCGGUCGGUCGGUCUGUAUGUAGACCAAUUCGUUUCCGGAUGAUAACUCAAGAACGCUUGUGCCUAGGAUCAUGAAGUUGAUAGGAAGGUUGGUCAUCACCUGCAGAUGACCCCUAUUGAUUUUGAGGUCUGUAUGUCAAAGUUCAAGGUCACAGUGACCCUGAACAGUUAAACGGUUUCCGGAUGAUAACUCAAGAACGCUUGGACCUAGGAUCAUGAAAGUUGAUAGGGAGGUUGAUCAUGACCAGCAGAUGACCCCUAUUGAUUUUGAGAUCAGUAUGUCAAAGUUCAAGGUCACAGUGACCUGGAACAGUUAAACGGUUUCUGGAUGAUAACUCAAGCUUGCUUGGGUCUAGGAUCGUGAAAGUUGAUAGGGAGGUUUGUCAUGGCCAGCAGAUGACCCCUAUUGAAUUUAAGGUCAUUAGGUCAAAGGUCAAGGCACAGUGACCAGGAACAUUAAAACGGUUUCCGGGCGAUAACUCAAGAAUGCUUGGGCCUAGGAUCAGGAAAAUUGAUAGGGAGAUGACCCCUAUUGAUUUUGAGGUCAUUUGGUCAAAGUUCAAGGUCAGAUUGGCCACGAACAGUUAAACGGUUUCUGGACGAUAACUUGAGAACGCUUGGGCCAAGGAUCAUGAAAGAUGAUUGAGAGGUUCAUCAUGACCAGCAGAUAACCCCUAUUGAUUUUAAGGUCAGUAGGUCAAAGGUCAAGGUUACAGUGACCCAGAACAUUUCAACUGUUUCCAGACAAUAACUGGAGAACGCUUAGGCCUAGGAUUAUCAAACUUGAUAGGGAGGUUGUUCAUGACCAGUAGAUGACCCCUUAUAGAUUUUGAGGUCUGUAGGCUAAAGGUCAAGGUCACAUUGACCCGGAACAGUUAAAUCCUUUUCGGAUGAUACCUUGAGAAUGCUUGGGCCUAGGAUCACUAAUUUUAAUAGGGAGGUUGAUCAUGACCAGCAGAUGACCCUGUUGAUUUUGAGGUCAAUAGGUCAAAGGUCAAUGUCACAUUGAACCAGAACAGUAGAACUUUUGUUUACAGUGAGAAAAUAAUUUUUGUUCCUUGUGCAAUUACUGAAUGCAUCAAGGUGGGCAUUUCGUGUUCGACGAGUUCUUGUUACCUUGUGAACACGAUAGAAGUGACAUUUUACAUUCUAUUUUAACCAUACUUACACACAACUUAAGUCACGAUUAAAUCUUGUUUCCUUUCGAACACCAGCUAGAUUCCAUCAUGGGUUCUAGAGUUACUGCCCAUGACACAGUCAAAAUUUCUAUUUUGGCCCUUUCAGCCAUAUAGAGGUUUCAUUUAUGCUUUUAUUUUAUACAAACUUGCACAGAAUGUUUAUCUUGAUGAUCUACAGGCCAAGAUAGAAACUGGGUCAUGUUGGUCAAAAACUAAGUCAAUAGGUCAAAUCAAAGGAAAAGCUUGUUAACACCAUAUAGGCCACAUUUAUGACCCUAUCUUCAUGAAAUUUGGUCAGAAUAUUUAUCUUGAUGAUUCUUAUGCCAAGUUCAAAACUGGAUCAUAUGGGAUAAAAAAAAACUAGGUCACCUGGUCAGAUCAAAGGAAAAGCUUGUUAACAUUCUUGAGGCCACAUUUAUGACCCGUUCUUCAUGAAACUUGGUCAGAAUGUUUAUCUUAAUGAUUCAUAGUAGGACACAUUUGAAACUGGGUUAUGUGGGGUCAAAAACUAGGUCACCGUCUCAAAUCAAAGGAAAAGCUUGUUAACACUUUAGAGGUCAUAUUUAUGACUCUAUCUUCAUGAAACUUGGUCAGAAUGUUUAUCUUGAUGAUUCCUUGGUCAAGUUCGAAACCGGGUCAUGUGGGGUCAAAAACUAGGUAACCACUCAAAUCAAAGGAAAAACUUGUUAACACUGUAGAGGCCACAUUUAUGACCCUAUCUUCAUGAAAGUUUGUGAGAAUGUUUAUCUUGAUGAUUCCAAGGCCAAGUUUAACAGGUGAGCGAUACAGGGUCAUCAUGACCCUCUUGUUUAAUAAUUGUGGAAAGCAAGCGAAUAAAUUUUAAGAUUA